AUGACCAUAGAGGAUCUCCCAGAACACUCCUUCGAAGGAGGUUCCCUCAUCGGAAAACAGUUCUUAUUCCCAAACUCUGAGACAUCUGUUACUUUUUCUGUUGCUGCAGCACCAAUGCCUUCGGACUGUGAGUUUUCCUUCUUUGAUCCCAAUGAUGUAUCAUGCCAAGAAAUACUUUUCAACCCCAAAACAUCAGUUUCUGAAUUGUUUGCUAUCUUAAGGCAGUGGGUUCCACAGGUCCAGCAGAAUAUUGAUAUUAUUGGGAAUGAGAUCAUUAAAAGAGGCUGCAAUGUGAAUGACAGAGAUGGACUGACUGAUAUGACUCUCUUGCAUUACACUUGCAAAUCAGGGGCUCAUGGUAUUGGUGAUGUUGAAACCGCUGUAAAAUUUGCGAGACAGCUUAUUGAUUUGGGUGCUGAUAGCAGUUUACGCAGCCGCUGGACAAAUAUGAAUGCCUUGCAUUAUGCUGCCUACUUUGAUGUUCCAGAACUUAUCAGUGUUAUUUUGAAAAGUGCCCAGCCAAAAGAUGUGGAUGCCACCUGUAGCGAUUUUGAUUUUGGAACAGCUUUGCAUAUUGCUGCAUUUAACCUGUGUACAGGAGCUGUCAAGUGUUUACUAGAACAUGGAGCGAAUCCUGCCUUUAGGAAUGACAAAGGGCAGAUUCCAGCGGAUGUGGUUCCCGACCCAGUAGAUAUGCCCCUGGAAAUGGCAGAUGCCGCAGCCAGUGCAAAGGAAAUCAAGCAGAUAUUGCUGGAUGCAGUGCCUGUCUUGUGUGACAUCUCAGAAGCCACGAUUCCAAACUAUGAUCAUGUCACAGGCAAGGCCAUGCUUUUAUCGCUUGGCCUGAAGCUGGGGGAUCGUGUUGUUAUUGCAGGACAGAAGGUUGGGACAUUAAGAUUUUGUGGCACAACGAAGUUUGCCAGUGGCCAGUGGGCUGGAGUAGAGCUGGAUGAACCGGAAGGAAAGAACAAUGGAAGUGUUGGGAAGGUCCAGUACUUCAAGUGCGCACCGAAACGCGGUAUCUUUGCACCUCUUUCUAAAAUAACCAAGGCUUCUGGUCACAGAAGAAGCUCUGUACAAAGUUCUUCUAUGCAGUCUUCGCCUUUUGUCAAAGCCAAGAAAAUAGAUGUGACGCACAUAACUUCCAAAGUGAAUUGUGGCUUAAAUAUGGCAAAAAAAGACAGUGCUUCUGAAAACAACUUUAUGGCUGCUAACAGGGGAAAAACGGUACCUGCAAAGGACGGUUUUCCUGUGUACAGCAGCUCUUCCUCUUCUUCUACCUCCUUGGAAGGCAAACAGAAUUACUGCAAGAAGCGGAACUCAACUAGCAAUAAAAAAGCAGGGACUCGAGUGUCUUCUGCCUCGUCUAAAAUGAGUGCUGGGUUGCAUAGUUCUCCGGCUACAAGGAAAAAUCAUUUUGGCGAAGGAGAAGUUCAGGUUGGAGACAGAGUACUGGUGGUAGGACAGAGAACAGGCACUGUCAGAUUUUGUGGGAUGACAAAAUUUGCACCAGGAUUCUGGUGUGGAAUUGAACUGGACAAGCCCCAUGGGAAGAACGAUGGCUCCGUGGGAGGCAUUCAGUACUUCAGUUGUCUUCCCAGAUACGGUAUAUUUGCACCACCAUCUCGUGUACAGAGACUAACAGGUUCACUGGAUUCUCUCGCAGGGACUUCGAGUGAAAUGAAUCACACUUUUCCAGGUUUUAGACGCAGUCUAAGCACCACUUCUGCAUCUUCACAGAAGGAGAUAAACAGAAGAAACUCCUUUGUUAGAUCCAAGAACUCUGUGUUGCGGCGCAGCUGGAGUAACACCACCGCUGCAGCUAACACAGAGGGACCAGUGAAGCUGCAUGAAGGCUCCCAGGUUCUUCUGACCAGCUCCAACGAGAUGGGAACAAUCAGGUACAUUGGUCCUACGGACUUUGCACCAGGGGUAUGGCUCGGACUUGAACUCAGAAGUGCCAAGGGGAAGAACGAUGGCUCCGUGGGGGAGAAGCGCUAUUUCACCUGUAAGCUGAACCAUGGGGUCUUAGUCCGGCCUAGCAGAGUAACCUAUCGUGGGAUCAACGGGGCAAAACUUGUAGAUGACAUUUGCUGA